AAGCCAUCAGCCAAAAAAAAAAAAAACAAGAAAACUUUGAAAGAGAACCAACAAGAACAAGGACAGGAUGACGAACUCGGACAACGAACAACGACUGGACUCAUUCGAUCUCACAUCGCGUUUAAUCCCACAACUCGAUCGCCAUCUGGUCUUGCCCCUACUCGAAUUCCUCGAUUCAAAUGGAAUCUAUCCUCACCAGCAACUGCUUCAGGCGAAAUAUGACGCACUCAAGGAAACUAAUAUGAUCACCUAUCUUACUGGCCUCCAUCGUGAACUCCACAACUUGGAUGACCAGGCUCCAGUCCCUCAAGAAUUCUCUCAGAAGGAGGAACAAGUCAUGAACAAGCUGGACACCCUGCAGGAAUCGGUCGAUCAAAUCAUGUCAGUCAUCUCCGCACCCGAAGUAGUCGCUGCCCUACGACAGGAUAAAGCCCAAAACUUGGCCUAUCUCGAAAAAGAGCAUAAUGUUAGCCUAUCCCAGAUCGCGGUCCUAUACCAAUACGGACAUUACAACUACACCAUCGGGAACUAUGGGGGCUCCUCCGAUUACCUAUAUCACUUCCGAGUCCUCUCCACCGAUAACGAACUCGUACUCUCCUCACUAUGGGGUAAACUGGCCUCGGAUAUCUUGGAAGGUUCCUUCGAUGCCGCCUUGGAAGAGCUCAACCGCUUGAAGGAGCAACUCGAUCAGCGCACUGGUUAUGGGAACCCACUCCAAUCGCUCCAACAGCGAACCUGGUGGUUACACUGGAGUCUGUUCGUCUACUUCAACCACGAUAAGGGACGGAGCUCGUUGGUCGAUGCAUGGCUCGGCCAGGGCUACCUAAACACCAUCCAAACUAGCUGUCCCUACCUCCUAAGAUAUCUCGUCGUCGCACUCGUCGUCUCCAAGCGAGCCGGCUCUGGAUCGCUCAAAGGCCCAAGCUCCUCUCGCGGCUCACGAGAGACCAUCAAGGAGGUCUUACGGGCAGUAAGCCAGGAGUCCUACCAAUACUCGGACCCGAUCACCGACUUCCUCCUCAACCUGUAUGUCAAAGUUGACUUCGAGGGCGCACAGAAGGCACUUAAACAGUCCGAGAAGGUCUUCAACGUCGACUUCUUCCUGUCUGAGGAGAUGAACCCCUGGGUAGAGAACUGUCGGAUCAUGAUUUCGGAGACCUAUUGUCGCGUACACCAUCGGAUCGAUAUCGCUGACCUCGCCAGUCGCUUGGGACUCAACGAAAACUCUGACGGUCAACAAGAAGAGGGCGAGAAGUGGAUCGUAAACCUCGUGCGAGAUGCCCGUUUGGACGCCAAGAUCGACUUCAAAGAGAAUACGGUCCAGAUGAACCAUCCCGCAUCCUCGGUUUACCAAACAGUCAUAGAACGUGCGAAGCGGAUCACAGCAAUCUCGCAAGAUCAGACCUACAAGCUAGGUGCGCUAGCAUUGGCCCAGCAAGAUGGGCAAUCGACUGAGGGAGCUGCGGGUCAGGCUAAUGGCGGACGCGGAGGUGGAAGAGGCGGACGAGGCGGAGGGAGAGGCAGGGGAAGAGCUACAAUUGCUGAAAUGGAUGAUUAAUCUUCUCUUUCUCUCUCUCUCAAAUUCUUAGAUUUGUUUUUCUCUCUCUCUCUUUAUAUGAAAACAACUUCUUGAAAGUUUUCUCUCCUUUUGCAAAUAUAUUCAACCAAAAAAAGAAAGAAGAAGACCUGCUGCUUAGUUACUAUCUUAUCUCAAUUCGCAGUUGUUCAAAACUGAAGGCAGUUUGGUGUUGUUGUUGUGCGAUUUCAUGAGAGAAUGAUAUUUGUUGCUUGUGUGACUUGAUGCUCUGUUCAUUGUCCCCAUCUCACCCAGUCAAAACCCAAAGCAGAUAGAAGAGAUUACAUAGCACAUAUACUGCUGUAUAAAAGAGCAAGGAAUCCUUUUUUGUCACA